AAAAUUUAGAUAUUUUUCUCUGGAAUCAACUCAGGAAAUCCUUGAUGAGUUAAGGCCUUACAUGUGUCCAUUUGAUAGUGAAAUGGCAAAAGCUAUGAAUUAUUUUGAACUGUUUUUAUGUACUACAUUGCCACCUAGCGAGCAUCACAGAGGAUUUAAAUUGUGGUUUGAUGAAUUCAUGGAAAUUUGGCAAAAUUGGCAUAGUGUACCAACAUGGGAAAAUAUGAAGCCAGAUCAGGACAAUCAUCUCAUCGACGAAGAACUGGAGUUUUCUUCAGAAGUUUUGCGGCUGUCUCAUCUGGCGAUUUUGUGGUUAUUUUCUCGUGUGGCUAAGGACAAUAUUGGAUACAUUAAUUGGAAUCCUUACAUACCAACAAUAUUUACUAGGCUUCUACGUAGCUUUAAUCUGCCAGGACGGUCUAACCAAGUUCAAGUGUAUCGAUAUGGUUCCUCCUUUCAUACCACAGCUGUAGUCAACUUAAUAGCAUCUAUGUUGGGAGGAGGAAGCAGUUGUCAGAUAUAUAUUGGUCGACUUUUCAAAACAUUGGAAUCAUUUUUUCAUCCUUCUAAUCUUGGCAGGUGGCUGCCAAAAUUGCAGAAACUUCUACAUAAGCUUCCACUUGCUGUGAUUAAACGUUUACACAGGGAAAGAUAUUGCAAAUCCUCAUGGCUGACACCAAUCCCACAAGAAUAUAAAUUAUCAAAUGACGAUAUUACAGAAUUUGUUAAAAGUAUUGUUCCAGCUGCUCUACUUUCCAUGUUUAGCAAACGUGGGUGUUUAGAUUCAGCUAUAGCCCUUCAGAAUUUAGGUGCUUUGCGUCCAGAAAUUGUUAUUCCUCCUUUAUUGGAAAGAUUGUAUUCUUCUCUUGAAACCUUGACUGAGCCUCAUCGUUUAACGGCUGCAAUGCAUUGUCUGGUUCCUGUUUCACGUUUCCUAGUUCAAAGUAAUAAGUAUUUUCCUGACGGUCCUAGUCAUGUCAUACCAUUGUUAAUGGGUGCAUUACCAGGGAUUGAUCCAAAUGACAUCAAAAAGUGUAUGGUAACAUUUCAAUUUAUAUCUACUCUUAUCAGCCUUGUGUUAUUAGUUGAUUGUUCAAGUGCUGUCAGCACAACUACAGAACUUCCAGAACAAGUUCAAGAAGUAUGCUUAGCAACUGCUGCAUUUGAAGAUUUUGUACUUCAGUUUAUGGACAGGUGCUUUGUGCUCAUUGAAAAUAGCUGCUUAGAUAAUCCAAGUAGGUUAGAUCGAGAUUCCGAGCGAACCAACCCUGAAGAAAAUUUCCUGGAAGUGGGCUUAUACAGUACAUUUGGCAUUAUUAUCACUCAGAGCUCACCAGCUAUAUAUGAAGUUGCCCUAAGCAAGCUACAGACAUUUGUAACUAGUCAUAUAUUGGAAAUAAAUGUAUCUGGGAAAUAUGCUGCUAACAUGUGUCGCGUUGCUUCUAGGGUUAAUCCUGAGUUGGGUCUCCAAGCAUUUGUGCCUCAUUUCUCAAAAUUAGUACUAGCUUUAACAGAAAGUGAGGAUCUUGUCAAUGAAGAAAAACUUGAUGAUGAAUUGUUAUUCAGUUUAUUAAUAUUGUCGGAGGUCAUACGCUGCGAUGGUCGUUACCUGCUUAAAUAUCAAAGCAAUAUUGAAAGGUUGCUAGAAAGGACAUUGCAUCUUAAGUGCAAGGAUGGAUAUCGUUUGGCUUGUUGUAUAUUAAAUUGGACAUUAAAGACUUAUGUGCAGUGUUACCCUCUAGAAACUUGCAGUAUUUCAAAUCCAUGGUCACGCUAUGGUUCUGAAGAGCUUCAUCGUUAUUUAGAUGAUUGGGGCGUUCCAGGAGAUAUAAAUAAUUUAGAUAUGAAGUGUCAUAUUCCGUCAAAUGAAGAAUUAGCUGCUGCCAGAUCACUCCUUGAAAAGUUUUUAAUUCCAGAACUUAUAAAAUUGCAAGAAUGGGCUUCAAAGAAAAUUGUAUUAUCAAGAGAUAUUGUUCAUCGAUCACUGAACAUUGUAUUACACAGUCUACUUGGUGCUUCUGUGUCACUCCCCAUGUGGCCUGGAGAGCAGCUGCUGUUAAGAGAAUCUUCACUUCCUGUGUACCAAUCAUUAUUUCUAAAUUGUGGAUCAACAGAUAUCAGUAUUGGAGAGAAGAACAUACGUCAGUAUAUAUGUGAUGUUACUAGGCAGGUUCUAGGGCAUAUAACAGAAUGUUGUGAAGAUGAUACUAAAGCUUUAUUUUUAGUUAUUAAAUUGUUCAAUACCUUGAUGUUCAACUGGGGAAUAGAAAAAGAUGAACUCGACACCAGGAGGAAAGCUUUUCGAGUUGUUAAAAAUGCUCUUGAAAAUAAAUUAUUUGGAGAAAAGAAACAUAUUCGCUCUUUGCUAAUUGAUCGAACUCAUUUACAACACGAGCUACGAAUCACAGAAAGGUACAAAAUAUAUUUUACUGAAACUCAUAAGAUGAUAAUGAGAGACUUGCUACAACUUUCCACCAGCCAUUACAGUGAAGUACGCAGUCGUGCUCAAACUGCUUUGCAAAAUUGUUUGACUUGUUUUCAUUCUUCGUGUAGUGUUAUUUUCUCAGAUGUUUUAGAUUUGCUACAGAAAGACCCAACGGUUUGUCAUGAAGAGUUUAAGGGUGUGUUAUAUGUAAUCCUUGGACAGAAACAGAAUUCUCUUUUGACUGUCUGUAAUUGGGAAAGACUGAGUCAGUUAUGGCCAGCAAUUGUUGCGUCAAAACACUCAGAGAAACCAUCUAUCAUUAAACUUCUAGAUUCUAUUUCUGCUAGUAUACAAAAAUACUUUCCAACUGCACAAAUAAAACUUAAAGUACCUAGCAGUUGCAUUGAACUAGUCAAGUGUUUUUGGAAUAGUACUGUACCUUAUCCAACUGCCCCAUACCUUUCAGAAGAAGAAAUUCGUCAAGCAUCUGUAGAAUUAGCCAUACGAGGUGAAAAAAAUGAAUGCAAUUAUUUCAAAUCGAUCCAUAAUUUAACAGAUCUUUUGAAAAAUGGCAAUUUGCAUUGGAGGCAUUACCAUUUGGCUUUAUCGAUGCUAGCCAUUUUAGUUAGGCAUGAUAUUCGUUUCCCUAAGGAAGGAGUUGAAUUGUUUGUAGCUCAUCUUAUUCAUGAUACUCUUGCAGUUAGAAAGAUUGCAAUGCAAGCUGUGACAUGUAUAUUGAAACAGCAGAAAAGACGUCAUCCUAAAAUUACAAUUGAUCCAACUAUGCAAAAUAGUAAUUCACGUGUGUUACAUCCAUUGUUGGCACAGUUAGAAGUAAAAGAAACACCUGAUAAUUACUGGUUACAGUACAACAGUCUUCUUCCCCCAAAUACACAGGAAGAUUGGAAUUCAAGACACUUUGUCCAUAAAACUCAUUUGGGAUUUUAUACAUGGCCAAAGCAUUUUGAAGUCUAUGCACCUGAUUCAGAACAACCUAAAUUAGACAGAGAACAUGAUGAGCUAUCUGAGGAAGAAAAGCCAAUUUAUGAUGCAUUUUGCCAACAAAAAUUUGUUGAUAGUGUUGUUUCCUAUUUUUCACUUGAAGAAAGAAAGGGUCAUGAUAAAUUUGAUUGCAAGAAAUUUUGCCUUUUCAAAGGAAUAUUUUGUAACUAUGGUGAUACUUUCUUAUCUAAUUUCCUUGGCCAUAUACAAACUAUGGUGGCUGACAAACAAGAAAGUGUACAACGUUGUGCAUCUGAAAUAAUUUCUGGUAUACUCAGUGGUUCCAAACAUUGGGACUUUAAUAAGAUGCAUAAUUUAAAGGAAAGCUUAACACCAGUUUUAGAAAAUGCCAUCAAUAGUAUCACACCUGAAACACUGAAUGAUUGGGCAACAUGUUUUGCAUCUGUUUCAGAAAGUAGAGAUCCUAAUAAAUAUUAUUGGGUUUUUGAGCUCCUAAUGAGAGAACCUAGAAGUGUAGAAAAUGGAUCUUUCAUUGAAUCAAGUUGGCUGUACAUUCUUAUUGGACUCAUAGCUCAACAAGAAUGGAGAGUUUGUGAAUUAUUGCAUAGGGCUUUAGCUUAUAUUGAACCUAAGUUAGAUCACUCAUACCAGAAUGUGAGAGAGAAAAUGGGAAGGUAA